GCCCAGCCUAUCCUGCUUGGACCAUCGGUGCACUACUCGCCUAUUCCCAUCACUCUUCUCUUGCUCAUACUUCAUUCCCCACCUUCUCCGCUCCUAUCUCAUACAACAUGUCAGACAUCGCAGCCCUGGAGGCUGAAGUCAAGGAGUUCAAGCUUCAGCUUGAAACCGUCCAAUCGAGUUUGCAGGUAGACCCAGACAACGAAGAAUUGCAGAAUCUCAAAACUGAGCUGGAAGAACUUAUAAACCUUACCGAAACAACCAUCGCCGAACUGAAACCGCCUGCACCACCCGCACCCCAACCGGCCGCCGGCCCCGCGGCGAAGGACAAAGGAGUGACAUCCAACAACUACCGCAAACCGACUGUCGAACAGCCCGAGGAGUCGUCAGCGCCAUCAUCGCACCAGUCGUCCUUUACAGUCAACGAAAAUGUUCUCGCCCGCUGGGUCUCGGGCGAUAACUCGUUCUAUCCGGCGCGCAUCACCUCCAUCACCGGCUCCUCGAGCAAUCCCGUGUACCUGGUCUCGUUCAAGUCGUACGGGACGGUGGAAUCUCUGACCCUCAAGGACAUCCGGCCACUCACUAGCAAUGACUCGCGUAAGCGCAAGGCUGAUGCAGGCUCAGGCAAUUCUUCAUCGCAAUCACCGGCACCCCAAACACCCCACUCGAGCGUGAUUUCCGCGGCCGCGGACAUCAAUCCCGCGUUGGCCAACCAGGCGCGUCAGGAGCCGACCAAGGUGAGCGAUGGAUCCGCGCGGCCCAGCAAGGUCGCCCGUAAGGUGAAGGCCAAUAAGGAGCUGGAGGAGGGCAAGAUGAAGUGGAAGGACUUCGCUAACAAGGGGAAGCUCGGCCGCAAGAAGGAGAGUAUGUUCCGAACGGGAGAUGGAUUGAACGCUCGAGUGGGUUUCACGGGGUCCGGCCAGCAGAUGCGCAAAGAUCCUACGCGAUCUCGACAUGUCUACCAGCAAGGCGAGGAUGAAGGAUACUAGUUUCUUGAGUGUUGUUCGAUGGGAUACUUCCCGCCGUUACCUCGCGUCCUUUACCAUGCAUCACAUCGCUAACGGGCUAUGGUGACAGAUCUACUGCAAGUCGAGCCUGUCGCAUGAGCGGGGGUGGAUUGUCGAUGGCCACAGCCGCUGCUGUGGUGGGACAUCAGACCAUUACCUAUGAAUGAUCUUCUCUGUGUAAUUUAUUUUAUCUCUAUUUUAUUAAAUAUUGGCAGCC